ACACAUGUAGAUAAAAUACACAACAAUGUAUGUAAAACUUAUGUAAAUUCUUAUUUCUUAGCGGCAUUACUCAUCAGCACUUAGAACUCUUAAAAGUACUGUAAAGCAAAGUAAAUCUUUGUCUUGUGAUAACAGUUAUUACUGUUAAUGGUGCAUAAUAGAAAGUUAACAAAACAACGUAUAAAAAAAACUAGUCGGCGUGGCGUUAAUUCGUCAAGAACAACGUCACAAAAAUGGAACGAUUAAAAUUACUAACAGUAACAGUGAUAUCGUCAUUGUUAAUACAACAAAUAAAUUGUUUUUAUGUGCCUGGUGUUGCUCCAGUUGAAUUUAAAAAUGGUCAAAAAAUUGAAAUAAAAGCUGUUAAAAUGACAAGUACACAUACACAAUUACCAUAUGAAUAUUAUUCAUUACGUUUUUGUUUACCAAAAAAUGGUUCAUUUCAAUAUAAAUCUGAAAAUCUUGGUGAAGUAUUACGUGGUGAUAGAAUUGUAAAUACACCAUAUGAUGUUGCUAUGAAAGAGGAUGUAUCAUGUCGUUUAUUGUGUCAUUCACGAUCAAGUCCAAUGACAUGGAGUGAAGAAGAUUCAAAACUUGUUAUUGAAAGAAUACAGCAUGAAUAUACUGUACAUUUAUUAAUUGAUAAUUUACCGAUUGCAACAAGACAAUUACAUAAAGAUGAUAAUCUCAUUGUUUAUCAUGGUUAUAGACUUGGUGGUAUAUUAAAUGGUCUACCAUAUAUUAAUAAUUAUUUAAAACUUAAAUUAAAAUAUCAUAAACAUGGUGAAAAUGAAUUUCGUGUUGUUGGCUUUGAAGUUGAGCCAAGAUCAGUUGAUUAUACACAAAUCGUUUUUGAAGAUAAUACAUGUCAUGUACCUGAUAAGACAAAUUUUCAAUAUGUUAAUGAAAAAGGAACAAAAUUAUUAUUUUUAUAUUCUGUUGAAUGGACUAAAUCAGACAUAAGUUGGGCAAGUAGAUGGGAUAUUUAUCUUGGUAUGAGUGAUGUUGAAAUUCAUUGGUUUUCAAUUGUCAAUUCUUUGGUUGUUGUAUUUUUUCUCUCAGGAAUUCUUACAAUGAUUAUGGUAAGAACAUUGAGACGUGAUAUUGCAAGAUAUAAUGCUGGUGACUGUGAUAGUUUAACUGGACUUGAUGAAUCAAUUGAAGAAACUGGAUGGAAAUUAGUACAUGGUGAUGUUUUUCGCCCACCAACAAAUUCACGUUUUUUUGCAGCUGUUAUUGGAAGUGGAAUACAAAUUUUUUUUAUGGCAUUAAUAACAAUAUUUUUCGCAAUGUUGGGAAUGUUAUCCCCAGCAAGUCGUGGUGCACUUGCCACAUGUGCAAUAUUUCUUUAUGUAUUUUCUGGUUUAAUCGCUGGUUAUUUUUCAGCAAGAUUAUACAAAACAAUGAAAGGAAGAGAAUGGAAACGUGCUGCUUUCUUAACAGCAACACUUUAUCCUGGUAUUGUUUUUGUAACAUGUUUUUUUUUGAAUUUUUUUAUAUGGGGUAAACAUAGUUCUGGUGCUGUACCAUUUGUAACAAUGGUUGCAUUAUUAUUUUUAUGGUUUGGUAUAUCAUUACCAUUAGUUUAUCUUGGUUACUUUUUUGGUUAUCGUAAACAGCCAUUUACACAUCCAGUUAGAACAAAUCAAAUACCAAGACAAAUUCCUGAUCAAUUGUGGUACAUGAAUCCAGUAUUAUGUACAUUGAUGGCUGGAAUUCUUCCAUUUGGUGCAGUAUUUAUUGAAUUAUUAUUCAUUUUAACUGCUUUAUGGGAAAAUCAAUUUUACUAUCUUUUUGGUUUUCUAUUUCUUGUUUUUUGUAUUCUCGUCAUUUCAUGCUCACAAAUAUCAAUUGUCAUGGUGUACUUUCAAUUAUGUGGUGAAGAUUACAGAUGGUGGUGGAGAAGUUUUAUUGCAAGUGGUGGAUCAGCAGUUUACGUAUUAGCAUAUUCAGUAUUUUACUUUAUGACUAAACUUGAAAUAACUGAGCUUGUACCAACACUUCUCUAUUUCGGCUAUACUGCAUUAAUGGUACUCACAUUCUGGUUAUUAACUGGUACUAUUGGAUUUUUUGCAGCUUAUGCAUUUAUCAGGAAAAUUUAUGCAGCUGUCAAAAUUGACUAGUCAAUGUAUGUGUCUCAAAAAAGAAAAAAAAAAAUUAUUUUUAUUUGUUUAAAAAAUUAUUGUCAUAUUCUGAAGAAACAAAAAAAUUAGUUUCAACAGAAAUAAAAAUUCAUUCAAUCUCCAUAGCAUGUAUGUUAAUAAAAUUAUAUUUUUCAAUAUAAUUUUUUUUUUUUUUCUUUAAUAUUAUUAAUAUUAAUGAAUUAGAAAAAAAUCAAGAAAUAUAAUAAUUUGUAUUUAUUAAUAAAUAAAAUUCAUUGAAUAAUUUCGUAUAAAAAAAAAAAAAAAUUAGCUAUUGGUACUUACUGAUUUAGUUAUCAAUAUCAAAAACUCAAAAAAAAUAAAAAAUAAAAAAUGUCACGAGUAAAAUUCAAAAAAGAAAAAAUUAAUUGGAAUACAACAAAUCAUAAAAUCAUAUUCUAAUAUAAGAUUAUAAAAAAUAAAUUAUUUCUAAAAGUAGUUCUAGCGUUUAAUUAAAUUUUUUAGAAUAUCACGAAUUUUAUAACAAUUAGGACAUUUUUCAAUUAUUAAUUUGACAAUAAUACUGCCCUAUUUCGCCCGAACUAUAAAUAAUUUAUUUUAAGCAAUAUUUAUAAUUAUUAAAAAAAUUGAAUUUCGUAGCAUUUUGAAUAUAAAAUAUAAAAAAAAGCUAGUUAGUAUUUUUAAACAAUGUUAUUAUGUUGUGUU